ACUCUCUCUUUUUUGCUCUGUAAUUGCAGGCGCGGUUCCCAAGAGAGGUUUGAGAAGAUGAGGUGGGCAGAGAUUGCGAUGGGAGUUUCUCUGUUGGUGUUACUCUCUCGAGUUUGUGAGGGACAGGAAGAAGAAUGUGCAGAAUUGGAGACAUGUGAACACUGUAUUGCUGGCGAUGCGUCGCUGAAUUUAACAGACUGUGUGUGGGCACGUUGUGAGUCAGAAACCUUGUGUGUAUCAAAGACGUCUGAUAAUCUCACAGACUGCACUAUACAUGACGAGCCUUCAAUGUGUAAAGCUGAGGAAGUUUCCACCACAUCUGUAGAAACUGCAGCCACCACUGAGAUUCCAACAACAACCCCCGUGUAUUCGCCCUCCAGCUUUGAUCCAGCCAGCUUCAUCGGAGGGAUUGUCUUAGUUCUGGGAGCCGAGGCAGCGUUUUUCUUUGCAGUCAAAUUCUUCAAGGCACGAGAUGGGACCUACCAAACUCUGAUAUAAUCACAAGGAUGGAAGAAAUGGGCUUGAAGUGGCCAAAAAAAUCUGCGCACAGUUUCCCUGCAAACACUAUUAAAUGAAGCUCUCUUCACUAAUGCCACAUUUAUAUUGCAUUUCAGUG